AUGCACUUGUACAAUCUCACUCUCCAGCCUCCGACAGCCAUUACACAGGCCAUAGUGGGCAAUUUUUCUGGAGUUCGUCAGCAAGAGAUUAUAACUUCGCAUGGAACCCGACUCGAGCUCUUAAGACCUGACCCUCAGACAGGAAAAGUCGCGACAAUACUUUCUACCGAUGUAUUCGGUUCGAUACGUUCUUUAGCUGCUUUUCGGUUGACCGGCGGUACCAAGGACUACGCCAUAGUAGGAUCUGACUCUGGCCGUAUCAUUAUCCUCGACUACGACCCUAAAACGAGCUCGUUUAUGAAACUACACCAAGAGACGUUUGGAAAAUCUGGAGCACGUAGAAUCGUUCCCGGGCAAUAUCUCGCAGUAGAUCCUAAGGGUCGUAGUGUCAUGAUUUCCGCUAUGGAAAAGUCGAAACUGGUCUAUAUUUUGAACAGGGACGCUGCCGCCAACCUCACAAUCUCAUCUCCCCUCGAAGCUCACAAAAACGGCGCAAUCAUUCACCAUAUCGUUGGCCUCGAUGUUGGCUUCGAAAAUCCUACAUUUGCUGCCCUCGAAGUGGAUUACACAGAAUCCGACCAAGACCCAACAGGAGAAGCAUUUAAGAACGCAGAAAAGAUGCUCACUUACUAUGAAUUGGAUCUUGGGUUAAACCAUGUCGUCAGGAAAUGGAGUGAACCUACGGAUCGUCGAGCAAAUCUUUUACUGCAGGUUCCUGGAGGUCAAUUGGCGUCUUCGGAUCGUUUUGACGGGCCUUCCGGGGUCCUUGUUUGUUGUGAGGACCACAUCAUUUAUCGACAUAUGGAUGCGCCCCAGCACCGUGUCCCAAUUCCGCGCCGGAAGCAUCCAUUGGACAAUAGAGAUCGAGGGAUGCUCAUUGUUUCAGCUGUCAUGCACAAGAUGAAGGGUGCCUUCUUCUUCCUGGUUCAAAACGAGGAUGGCGACUUGUUUAAGGUCACUAUUGAGCACGAAGACGAAGAAGUGAAGUCGUUGAAAAUCAAGUAUUUUGAUACUGUACCUGUUGCGUCCAGUCUCUGUAUUCUUAAAUCUGGUUUCCUUUUUGUUGCUUCCGAGUUUUCGAAUCAUUAUUUCUACCAAUUCCAGAAACUUGGUGAUGAUGACGAGGAGCCCGAAUUCAGCUCGACUUCUUAUCGCUCGUUCGGCAUGGCAGACCCUACAGCACCUUUGCCAAACGAAUAUUUCCGUCCUCGUCCAUUAGAAAAUCUUGCACUUGCUGACGAGCUUGAAUCGUUAGAUCCUAUACUAGAUUCCAAGGUGUUGAACAUACUUCCCAAUUCUGACACGCCUCAGAUAUUUGCGGCGUGCGGUCGUGGUUCAAGGAGCUCUCUGAGGACGCUCCGACAUGGUCUGGAAGUUGAAGAGUCUGUAAGCUCGGAUUUACCUGGUAUACCGAAUGCAGUUUGGACGACCAAAAAGAGAGAAGAUGAUGCUUACGAUUCGUACAUCAUCCUUUCGUUCGUUAACGGUACCCUGGUUCUUUCCAUUGGUGAAACCAUUGAAGAAGUUCAAGAUACCGGCUUCUUAUCUUCCGCUCGCACCCUGGCCGUGCAACAAAUUGGCACUGACGCACUCCUUCAGGUUCAUCCAGAAGGUAUUCGGCAUGUUUUGGCUAAUGGCCACGUUACCGAAUGGAAGUCGCCAUCGGGGAAGACCAUAGUUAACGCCACAACGAAUAAGCGACAAGUUGUUGUUGCCCUAAGCUCAGCUGAAUUGGUGUAUUUCGAGUUGGAUCUGGAGGGACAACUAAAUGAAUACCAGGAUCGUAAAGCUAUGGGUAGCACUGUGCUGGCGUUGAGUAUCGCAGAAGUACCAGAGGGCCGACAGAGGACACCGUUCCUGGCUGUUGGCUGCGAAGACCAAACUGUUCGAGUCAUCUCCUUAGAUCCCGAAAGCACAUUAGAAACCAUCAGUCUUCAAGCCCUAACCGCUCCACCUUCUUCCAUCUGCAUCGCAGAAAUGCUCGAUGCAAGUAUCAACAAAUCCCAACCUACCUUGUUUGUCAACAUUGGUCUUCAAAAUGGUGUUCUACUAAGGACCGUGCUGGACCCCACCAAUGGCCAGCUAACUGAUACCCGUACUCGUUUCUUAGGAACGAGACCCGUCAAACUCAUACGUGUGCAAAUUCAGCGCAAUCCAGCUAUUCUUGCGCUAUCGUCCCGGUCAUGGCUUAACUACACUCACCAAAAUCUCAUGUACUUCACACCAUUGAUUUUCGAAAGCUUUGACUUCGCGUGGAGUUUCUCAGCCGAACUGAGCCCAGAAGGGCUUAUUGGGAUUACCGGAAGCACAUUGCGCAUAUUCCAGAUACCAAAAUUGGGCACACAAUUGAAGCAAGACUCCAUACCGCUUUCGUACACUCCUCGGAAAUUUAUCGCGCAUGGAAACUACUUUUACAUGGUGGAAGGGGAUCAUCGAGUACUUGGAGAGGAUGCCGGGGAAAAGAAGUUGGCCGAACUUCGCCAGCAGGGCAAGAAAAUCGACCAAGAGGUUAUUGAUCUUCCUGUUGAAGUGUUCGGAAGGCCAAAGGCUCCUGCUGGGACAUGGGGAUCUGCUAUCCGAGUCAUUGACCCUGUAAAGGCGGAAACAGUCGCAUAUAUCCCUCUAGAUUCUAACGAGGCUGCGUUCUCUUUAGCAGUGGUUCCCUUUUUGGUCCGGGGUGGUGAGCUCCACCUAGUUGUUGGGACCGCGGCUGAUACGACGGUGUCUCCACGCUCUUGUUCGAGUGGCUUCUUGCGGACUUACAAAUUCACGGAUGAAGGAAGAGGCUUGGAGUUACUUCACAAAACGGAGACUGAUGAUGUACCACUAGCGCUUUUGGCGUUCCAGGGACGACUUGUCGCCGGUGUAGGAAAAGCUUUGAGAAUCUAUGAUAUCGGAAAGAAGAAGCUACUUCGUAAGGUUGAAAACAAGACAUUCGCUUCGCCCAUCAUCACACUCAAUACGCAAGGUUCGAGAAUUAUAGUGGGGGAAAUGCAAGAAUCGGUUUCUUUCGUUGCAUAUAAAGCACCAGAAAACCGUUUGCUUGUUUUCGCCGACGACUCCCAAUCAAGAUGGGUCAGUGCUGUAGCGAUGGUGGACUACAACACUGUAGCAAUCGGAGACCGCUUUGGUAACAUUAUCGUCAAUAGGCUGGACACUAAAGAAUCGGACCAAGUCGAUGAAGACCCUACCGGAGCAGGUAUCCUUCACGAAAAAGGGAUAUUGAUGGGUGCCCCUCACAAGACCAAGAUGGUGGCGCAUUUCCAUGUCGGAGACCUUAUCACCUCUAUACACAAAGUAGCGAUGGUUGCUGGAGGACGUGAAAUCUUGCUGUAUACUGGUCUCCAUGGCACGGUCGGGAUCCUCGUACCAUUCGUUUCGAAGGAGGAUGUCGACUUCAUAUCGACGUUGGAGCAGCAUCUGCGGACAGAGCAGAGUAGUUUGGUUGGCAGGGAUCAGCUGAGUUGGAGAGGGUAUUAUACGCCGGUGAAGGCGGUUGUAGAUGGUGAUCUUUGCGAGACAUUUGCUCGACUACCAGGGUCCAAGCAGAGUGCCAUUGCUGGUGAGCUUGACCGGACAGUAGGGGAAGUUCUUAAAAAACUGGAGCAAUUGAGGGUCACUACGAGUGGAUUUUAA